GCGCUGCAGGCAGGUUCCCCGGGAUGCGGCGGCCGCACCGGCCCCACUCCGCUCCCGCACCGGCCGCUGCCCGGCCCGCGGCGCAGCCCCGCCGGCUCCCGCACCGCGGAAUCGCCGCUGCCGGGCGGUCCCGGCGCCGUUCCCGGCCCGGCGGGGCUGAGUCGCGCGCGCGGCGGGAUGCGCCGGCCCGGGCAUCCCCGGGGAGGCAGCCGGGAUGCGCCAAGGUGAACGGUGCGCGUCAGAGCGGAGCCACCGGCAGCGGGGCCACCAGCAGCCACACCGGGGAGGAGAGACACCGCGGGGAGGGGGACAGCGGGAUGCUGGCGUUAGGGAUCACUGAGCACCGAGGGCCACCAGCACCGCGGGGACUGGGAUGGGGAAGGUUGGGAAUGGGCCCAAUCACAGCAGGGACACCGGGGGUGGGGAUAGCAGAAAUAGGGACAGCCAGGACCAGGGGACAGCCAGGAACCUGCGGGGACAGGGACAGCUGGGAACACGGUCCAGGGCCAGCCUGGGCAGCGUCAGCCCAGCCGCUGGCUCCCUCCCUGGGCAGUGGGUUGCCGUGGGCACAGCAGCCCCACAGCCAGUACUUUGAGUCCCCCCGGGGCAGCCACCGUGGGUCCCCGCUCACCGAAUCCCCCCAUUCCCGCAGGGCAAGCUGGGUACUCACCAUGGCUGUGGCAUGGCUCAUCACCUGGGUGCUGCUCCUGGCUGCCGGCGUCGCUGCUGUGGUCCAGGGGACACUGUUGGCACAGCUGUCCCCAGGUGGGACCCUGCAGCAGGGUAGAGACCCUCUGCAUAGCCCUGCCUGGGGACAGCCCUGGCCAGGCCUGGUCCCCACCUGGGAGGCGUCGGGAGAGCCGAGUGGUGCCGGGGACCCUGGGAGCGAGCACUGGGGGGGUGGCAGCCCCGUGCGCUGGGCCCCACCGCUGCAGGCAGGGGAUGCCAUCGUGGCACCCCUGGAGAUGGAAACCACCAUGGCAGGUGCUGGCACUGGGGCUUGGCAAGACAGCAGCACAGCCAUGGCCAUGGCAGAGGAGCCGCUUGUCGCCUGGCGAGGACAUGAGGCUGAAGACCAGGACAGCCACAAAGGGGGGACCUGGCUGCCCCACGGCUCUGUGCUGGGGACACCAGGCCCCAAGGUGCCCACGCAUAUGGGCCUGGGCUCCUCGGGGCCGCCCUGGGCAGGGCAGGGUCCGUCCCCAGCCGGGCAGAGUGCUGCCGGGACAGUCAGCACCCCCGGCCCUUGGCCAACCGUGUCUACCAUCGCCCUGACCCCCAUGUCGGCAGUGGGGACAGGGACGGGGACAGCAGAUGGCCUUGCAGAGGGACAGCCGGUGGCACGGGGACCCACAGCAGCCCCAGGCCUCACUCAGGGCACACCACUCACUCCAGCUAGCAGCCAGCUGGCCCUGCUGGGCACUGUCCCCGUCCCCCACCCCACACGCAUGGGACCAGCCCAGGGUCCCCACGCCAGCCCUGGCUCCAUGGAGCCAGUGGGCAGACAGGGGGCUCUGGGAGGGCCCCUCAGCCCCUUCCCAGCUCUGCCCAGCUCUGCCCCACAGCUGCUCCCCUCAGCCCCAUCCUGGGGGUUGUCCGAGCCCUGGACCCGGGUGCUCCAGACCCACCAGCGCAGCACCCGCAGGGCCCCACUCAGCCGCGCCACUGCCAGCCCUGGGGACACGGCCCCUCGCACAGACGCCGGGCUGACCGGGCAGCAGGGAUCCCAGCCCACCCGAAGAGCUGCCCUCAGCACCAGCCCCGUGCAGCCACCUGCCUCCAGCACAGCCCCCCCCAGCACCCCCGGCACAGGGCUGCUGCCUGAAGAGGACGUCGGCUCUCCACAGCGAGUCCGGGGUGCUGUGGGCGCUGUGAGCACCCCGAACGCUACCAAAGCCAUCCCACAGCCAACGGCACCUUCUGCCACAGGGACACCCGGGACCAGACGCUCAGACCCCCUGGGGACACAGCCCCCCACCCAUGGCACUGCAGCCCCCUCAUCCACGUGGCGGCAGGCAGGGCUGACACCACAGCCAGCACCCCGGCAUCCAUCCACGCUGCAGCCGCAGCCCAGCCGGCCCCCCCAGGCACCGGGGACCAACAGGACCGGGCUGCAUUGGGCCGAGCUGCGGCACCAGCUCGGCUUCUCCUGGGAGGCCCAUGUCUACGGGGUGGCUGCCAUCUUCCUGCUGCUGGCACUGGGCUGCCUGGCUGGGCUGGUGGGGGCGGCCACCCUGCGUCCGCCUCAUUUACCCCAUGUUUUAGGAGCCCAUGGGGUGCUGCUGGCCGCCUGCCUGCUGCGGGCCACCUUCCUGCUGCUGGACCCCUACGGGGCACGGGGCCGCCUGCCCCCCCGGGCCCUGCUGCUGCUCAGCACAGCCCCCUUUCCCCUGCUGCUCAGCACCUUUGCCCUCCUGCUCCAGCGGCUCCAGCGCCUGGCUCAGCUCCGGCUGCUGCCGGCCCAGCUGCGGGGGCUGCCGGCACUGGGAGCCGCCGCCGCCCUGCAGAGCGGGGUGCUGGGGGCGGCCGACCUGCUCCCGCCCCGGCUGGGCCCCGCUGCCGCGCUGGGGCUGCAGGCGCUGGGCUGUGGGGCAGGGGUCCUGCUGCUGCUGGGGGGGCUCUGGGGGUGCUGGCGGGUGCUGCAAGUGCCCCAGGAAGGGUCUGGGGGUGGUGGGGGGCCAUGGCCACGGCGGGGGGCCUGGGCGCUGCUGGUGGCCGCGGCGGUGGGGCUGCCGGUCUGCGGGCUGCAGUUCUACAGCGCCCUGUGGCUGCGGGGGGUCCUGGCCUCCCCCCAGCACUUCUCCCGGCCUGGCUGGGCGGCACAGCUCUGGCUGCGGGUCGGUGAGCUGGGCAUGGCCCUGGCACUGCUGCUGGCUGCUGCCGAGCCGCUGUGCUGCCGGUGCCGCCGGCGCAGCCCGGCCGGCCACUCCUGCUGGGCCAAGGCGCUGCGGUACUUCUGUGCCAGCCGCAAAGCUGAGGCACCCGAGUACCCCAACAACUGCUACGACUGGGCUGGCAGCACCGGCAGCACCGGCCUGGAGCGGGCGCCAACCGGCGACAUCUCGAAAAGCCUCAUUCGCAACCCGGCGGAGCAGCUGCCCCUGCGGGCGCUCAAGGACAGCAACGAGGCCUGGGCGGCCGCUGCCGGCACUGCCGGGAUGCCGGGGCUCAGCCCCAAGUGCCCCAACUUGGUGGCCGCCCGCUCGUGCGCCGCCUUCGAGCAGGGCUCGUCCCCCUCGCUGGGGGAGCUGGCCUUCCGCCCGCCGUCCCCCAUCGACCUGCGCCGCAGCAUCGACCAGGCGCUCUGCCGCCGGCACCUCCUGCAUGACAGCCUCUUCAGCCGGCCUCGCCGCGGCUCUGGCACCUCACUGCACUCCCCGACCCCCGCCGAGACCCCCGGCCUGGGACACAUGGCACGCUGCAGCUCGCUGACGGAGCUGCCUGGCCCCCGACAGCCGCUCAGCACUGUCACCGUCACUGUCACCGCCUCAGCCAGCUCGUUGGACAGCAGCUCGCUGAAGAUCAGCUGGAACCCCUGGCGCCACGGGCUGUCCUCCCCAGACAGCCUGCCCCUGGACGAGGCGCCCAGCCGGGCCCCCCUCCUGGUGCCCGCUGUGCCCCCCGGCUGGGAGCGCGAUGGUCCCCGCAGCUUCCCAGCCCUCAGCAAGGCAGUGGACGCCCGCAGCCUCUCCAGCGACACCAUCGAGCUCUGAGCUGGGGAGACACGGGGCUGGGCAGAGACUGGAGGGCGCAGGGGGAUGAACCCAGUGUGGGGGUCUGGAGGCCUGAACCCGCACCCCCGUGGGGCCGGGCAGGAGCAGGGAGCUGGGCUGGGCCAGCUCCGUUUGUGCCAAACCAGAGAAAUAAAGUUUAUGUUGGGA